AUGGCCCCCAACUCAAAACAGGUACUUGGAUUGUACAAAAAGAUGCUCGAAAAGGCGUACAAAUUUGACAACUACAACUUCAGAGAGCACGCUAAGAGAAGAAUCCACGAUUCGUUUAAACAGAAUAAGAAUUUGACCAAGGAGGAAGAGAUCACCUCGUUCUACAACGAAGCCAUCAACGACUUGGCAAUGUUGGAAAGGCAGGCGGCGAUUUCACAGAUGUACACUUUUGAUAAGCUCGUUGUAGAGCCUUUAAAGAAGCACCACUAG